GCGCGGUUAGAAGCCAGAAAGAGGGUAUAAACUCUGUCCGCCGCCCUGCGCACGAGACUAUCGUGCCCAUUCAUACUAAUGUCCUACCUUGAAAACUGCUGUGCGUUGAAGGCGAGCGUCUCCUGUACAGAGAUGGCUUUUACGCAGGUGCUCUGUUAAUGUUGCAGACAUGUGGAUUGAACAGGGGUAUUCGAUUCUGCACCCAACGCUCAUUUUCACAUUACAACAAACGAGGUGGCUGUAGUGUUGGACAUCUUCGACAUACCGGCCCAUUCUUCUCCCACGACAACAUCCCGGUCCAAUGCUCAGGACUGAGAAUCAACAAUGCGAUUCUCAAGCGCUAGUAUCGCAGUUGGUAGUAAGGUUAGAAGGAGGAAAGGGUGGAGAUUGCCUUCCGGGGGGUCGGACCCUCCCGUAUCGUUCAUCACAAUCCCAACGCUCCCUCAACUUGCAGGUCGGCCUGGUCUCGAGGGCGAGACGCGGCCGUAGCGAUCAUAUAUUGAGUCAUUACCAACUGCCGCCUGGAGAGUUCACAUCAUACAAACAACUCGGUUUGUAGUCGAUUGGAGGCAUCGCCACGCCCUGAUUUGGCCACUCUCCCAGCGAGGUUCCUUUGGAUUAGUACCAGAGCCAGGUAUCGCAAUGAUACAAGCGGGCUUGCAAGCAGGAGAAUUGUCGCUAACGCUGAAAAACAUGGGCGAUAACCUGUGAUGCGUUCACCGCUCUUGAAGAAAGAAUUGAGAGGCCCCUGCAAUCCAUGUGGUGCCAACUGGCAUGUGCUUUGCGAAUGACUCCGACGGCUUGCGUCGCUUCGCGAGAUGACCUGAAAGCCCGAUCACCUGGUAAGAGUGCGGUGACUCCAUCGUCACGCAAACAACAGCGUACCAUCCUCACACAAUUAUGCCCAGUUUCGGCUAGAGUGACAGUGGAGAUGACUCUUUCAAGUUGGGCUCGAGAAUUGGGCUCGAGAAGGGACGUCGUCGGGUCGGGGCGAAGCGACAUGACGCAGCGGCGGCCAUGCAAGUCUGCCUCAUUUCAAACGGGAAUGAUCAAUUGGAUUGGGUGCUUUUUACAGCGAAAUGCUGCAGGCCUCCACUCAGUCAGUUUCUUCGAUGCAAAACAAACGGUCAAAGCGAGUUGUUGUACUGCCAAUGGUGAAGGACGAAGUGAUGCUGCCCAAGCCUUGCCAAGGCUAAGCUCCAGCAGCGAUGAGCUGGCGCCCUCUCACUCGUUGCUUGCCCAACACUCAGCCCAAACGGGAGCCAUGCUAUCAUCGAGUGUUGGAGAACUAGGACUGCCAGAACUGUAUGGUACAGUGUAGGACUGUUUCAUGACGGUAGGUACUGUAUCGAUGGAGGUCGCCAGAGGUCGGAGGAUUUUGUCGAUAGUCGUUUGAGGACAACCAUUAUACACCAAGCAGGCCGCCAGAAAGGACAACAAUACAACGAGCAAAGUGCGAAGCUCAGUUUGAGAGGCUCGAACCUGGUUCAGGAUUGUUUGGCGGCUGCAUGUGGCUCUCAGGUGCGCAUCACCUUCUGGUGUGCUUGUAUGAUUUGUGGCAAACUGCAGCUCAACCCGUUGCGAGUGAUAGUCAGCAAAGACGAAACGCCAUAUUGGAUCUCGAUGAAUUGUUAGUUAGUCGAGCCUGAUUUGUCUCAAACAGGACGAUAUGGUUUUGGCUUGCCGCACGCUUUGUAGUCCAUAAUGCAAUGAAUGCCAGGGGGUGGGAAGGCCUGCUGCGCUUCUCAACCGGGCACAAAUCGACAGGAGUCGAACAAGGCUCCAUCGUGCAUACGACCCGACUAAUUGGAUCUCGACGACCGACAGUGCAU